AUGGGUUUGUUAGAUGAUGACAUGGAAUACAUUGAAGCUAUUAAAGAAGUCAGUUUUGCGGGAGAUGGUCGUUAUACUCGUGCACUACCUGAAUAUGUAUUUGAACAAACAUGGAAAUUCUUGGGUGAUGACAUCUUAUACAGCAGAAGAAAAGCAACAAAGAACAAAGAACUUGUAAUGUCCGAUGAGAGAUUGAAGAACCAGACAUUGGUGGAGAUUGAAAAGUACCUGAUUCGAAAUGGUUCGUCUUUGACACGAUGGUCAACAAUUCCUUAUCCUGAUUAUGAUUCCUUUGUUGUUGGAAACAAUCGUUUGGUUAAAGAAGAACUAUAUUUUGAUAUUCCCCAGCUUCAGAGCGAGUUAGUUACUCUAAAAUCUUCACUGACUAACGAACAACUCUCCAUUUAUAAUCAAAUUAUGACAGCCGUCAAAGGUAAGAAAUUUUUGUGGAAGACGUUAGCUUUAUCCGUUAGGUCUAGAGAGCAGAUUGUUCUAAAUGUUGCUUCCAGUGGUAUUGCUUCUUUACUAAUGUCAAGAGGUAGAACGACCCAUUCUAGAUUUCACAUCCCCAUAAAUUUAGAUGAGGGUUCUAUGUGUCACAUAAGGGUCGAUGGUGAUGUAGCCUACUUGCUUAAGCAUACUAGGUUGAUUAUAUGGGAUGAAGCACCCAUGGUACAUAGACAUGCGUUCGAAGCUUUAGACAGAACAUUUAAAGAUGUUUUGGUCGAUAAAAGCAAUCGUCAUUCGGAUGUUUUGUUUGGAGGUAAAGUAAUUGUGUUUGGUGGUGAUUUUAGACAAAUUCUUCCUGUUAUUCCAAAUGGAAGUAGGCACGAAAUUGUGAACGCUUCGUUGAGUUCAUCUUAUAUAUGGUCCCAUUGUAAAUUACUUACUUUGACGAAAAACAUGAGAUUGACUAUCGGUGCUUUACAAUCUAGAAUGGAGGAGACUAAGAAAUUUGCCAAAUGGCUUCUCGAUAUUGGCGAGGGUAAAGUUGGAGGGGACAAUGAUGGUGUGGCAACUGUAGAAAUACCUUCUGAUCUUCUAAUUACAAAUUCUUCGGAUCCCAUUGAAAGUUUGAUUCAAUUUGUAUAUCCAUCUGUUUUAGAAAGAUAUAUGGAUCGAGAUUAUUUUUCUGAAAGGGUGAUUCUGACACCAAAAAAUGAGGUCGUACAUGAAAUAAAUGAUCGAUUGUUAGAGUUGUUUCCUGGUGAACCAAUAGAGUACCUACGCUCUGAUAGUAUAUGUCAAACGGAACAAGGUAUUGAUUCCUUCCAGCAAGAGUUGUAUUCACCUGAUGUCCUGAAUGGUUUAAAGAUAUCUGGUUUACCAAAUCAUCGUCUGGUUCUAAAACUCGGUGUUCCAAUUAAGCUUCUUAGGAACAUUGACCAACAAAAUGGAUUGUGUAAUGGUACAAGGUUAAAAGUUACAUAUCUUGGAAAGAGGGUUAUUGAAGGUGAAAUUAUAUCAGGUGCUAAUGUUGGAACUAGAAUGUUCAUUCCAAGAAUUAGCAUGAUUCCAUCCGACAAAAAAUACCUUUUGCUUUUCAAAGACGACAGUUUCCUGUUGUUGUGUGUUUUGCUAUGA